AUGCUUGGAGAACUUUGCAAGGAGUCUAAAGACAUGCAAGAUUUCAAGGAGGAGGUGAGAUCCAAUAUGCAAAAUCAAGAUGCUGCCAUCAAGAAACUUGAAGUACAGAUUGGAUACCUGUCCAAGCAAGUCCCUAGCCAUAAUCCCUAUAAUGCCACCAAGACAAACUCAAGGGAGGAAUGCAAGGCUAUCACACUCAGGAGUAGGAAGGAACUGAAAGAGACCUCAAGGAAAACUCAAGGGAGGGAAGUAGAUGAAAGCCUAAGUGACAAGGAAGAAGCACAAACACCUGCUUCCAAUUCACCAGAAGAAAAAGAAGUCCUGAGGCCAUAUGUUCCAAAAGCUUCUUACCCUCAGCGAUUAAAGAAGAAUGAAAAGGACAACCAGUUCUCCAGAUUCUUGGAAGUUUUCAAUAGACUCCAAAUUAAUAUCCCUUUUGCAAAAGUAUUAGAACAAAUGCCACUCUAUGCCAAGUUUUUGAAGGAGUUAAUGACCAAGAAGAGGAGCUGGAGAAAUGAUAAAACUGUGGUGUUAACCAAGGAGUGUAGUGCUAUCAUUCAACACAAGCUACCCCAAAAACUGAAGGACCCUAGGAGCUUCCAAAUCCUCUUGGAAGAUUUGUUGGUGAAGGUGGGAGACUUCAUCUUCCCAGCAGACUUUGUGGUGUUGGAUAUGAAAGAAGAAACCAAGGCUUCAAUCAUUCUGGGAAGACCAUUCCUAGCAACAGCUGGAGCUAUCAUCGAUGUCCAAAAAGGGGAACUGGAAUCAUUGGGAGAAUGUAUAAGGUUGGAUGCAGUGGAGGCUUUGGUACAAGAAACUCUUGAAGAAGAAGGACUUGAGGAAGUGCCUGACGAAGAACCUCUAUCAACCAAUGAAGCUGCAUCAAUCCAACUAACUGAAGUACCCAUUCCAAGCACAUCAGAGGAAAAAGGGGAAGGGAAUGAAGCCCCAAAACUUGAACUGAAAGCACUCCCCCCACCCUCAAAUAGCCCAUGGGUGAGCCCUGUCCAAGUGGUCCCCAAGAAAAGAGGCAUCACUGUGGUGUCUAAUGAAAGGAAUGAACUCAUCCCUACAAGAAAUGUCACAGGAUGGAGAAUGUGUAUUGAUUACAGAAAGCUCAAUGAGGCCACUAGAAAUGACUAUUUUCCACUACCCUUCAUGGACCAGAUGCUGGAGAGGCUUGCAGGGCAUGCAUACUACUGCUUCCUGGAUGGCUACUCAGGCUACAACCAGAUUGUAGUUGACCCAAAGGACCAGAAGAAAACAUCUUUCACUUGCCCAUAUGGGGUCUUUGCUUAUAGACGCAUGCCCUUUGGAUGCACUGAAGUAUCUACUUGCCAAACAAGAGUCGAAACCAAGAUUGAUAAGGUGGAUACUACUGCUUCAGGAGUUCAAUAUUGA